CCAGGAGGUUCCAAAACUCUGUCGGAAGGAGAGAUCUCCAACCCAGGUUCAGACAGUGAGCCCAGUUCCACAGCAUCAGGAAACCAUAAACAACACAGACAGAGGAACUCAAGACAGAAACAUCACCACUGCAUGGACUGCUUCACUAGUUUCUAUGAUCCAGAGGAGUUGAGAAGGCACACUUGUAGACCCCACCCCUGCUCAGAUUGCAGAGGCAGUGUUAUUUGUCCAACUCACCUCAAAUCAAAACAGACUCAGAAAACGAAGGCGACAUACCCGUGUGGUCAAUGUGGAAUGAGAUGUGAAACACCAAGCAAACUAAAGACGCACCAGAGAACUCACACAGGAGAGAAGCCAUACCACUGCACUGUUUGUGGAAAGGGUUGCAGUCAUUCGGACCAUCUAAAGACGCACCAGAGAACUCACACAGGAGAGAAGCCUUACCACUGCUCCCAAUGUGGAAAGAGUUUCAGUCAGUUAACAACUUUGAGAAACCACCACCUAACUCACACAGGACAGAAGUCUUACCUCUGCUCUCAUUGUGGGAAGAGUUUCAGUCAGUUAGCCAACCGAAAUACACACCAGUUAAUUCACACAGGAGAGAAGCCAUACAACUGCUCUCAGUGUGGGAAGGAUUUCAGAUCUCCAAGAGAAUUAAAGUCACACACGAGAACGCACACAGGAGAGAAGCCUUUCCACUGCUCCCAAUGUGGAAAGAGUUUCAGUCAGUUAUCAAGUCUGAAAAGACACCAACUAACUCACACAGGAGAGAAGCCUUACCUUUGUUCUCAAUGUGGGAAGAGUUUCACCACGUUAUCUGAACUGAAGCCACACCAGAUAACUCACACAGGAGAGAAGCCUUACCUCUGCUCUCAAUGUGGGGAUAGUUUCACCAGUUUAUAUUUCCUAAAGAAACACCACCUAACUCACACUGGAGAAAGGCCUUACCUUUGCUCUCAUUGUGGGAAGAGUUUCAGUCAGUUAGCCAACCUAAAUACACACCAGUUAAUUCACACAGGAGAGAAGCCUUACCACUGCUCUCAAUGUGGGGAUAGUUUCACCAGUUUAUAUUUCCUAAAGAAACACCAGCUGAUUCACACAGGUGGAAAGCUGUUCCAAUGCUCCCAGUGUGGUAAGAGUUUCAGUCAUUCAUCAACUCUGAAGAAACAUCAGAUAACUCACACAGGGGAGAAACCUUACCACUGUUCUCAGUGUGGAAAGAGUUUCAGUCUGGUAGGAAACCUAAAGAGACACCAACUAACCCACACCGUAGAGAAGCCUUAACAAUGCUCUCAUUGUGGGAAGUGUGUCAGUCAUUUACACCACCUAACGUCCAGUUAAUUCACACAGGAGAGAAACAAAAACGCUGCUCUGUGUGGAAAGCGUUUCAGUCAAUCAGCAAAUUUGAAGAAGCAUCAGGGAAUUCAUACAGGAGAAACGCUGUGUCGUUAGAUCUGAAGACACCCGUUUGUUCACAUAGGGGAGAAGCCUUAACUCUGCUAUCAAUGUGGGGAUAGUUUCACCAGUUUAUUUCCAAAAUAACACCAGCUAAUUAUGACUAAUAAUAACUUACCUGGUUAGAUAAAGGGGGUAAAAAAAUGACUUGCAAAGGAUUGUGGCAGCUGCUCCCUGUGUGGAAAGCUUCAGUCAGAGAACCAAUUUGAAGACCCACCAUUUCACUGGCACGGUGUGAGGAAAUGAUUCAGUCCCCUAGGAGACCUAAAGAAACACCAGCUAACUCACCCUGGAGAGAUUCCUUACCAUCUUCUUAAAAUAAAGCUGGUAUGAUAAGGCUUUAUUGUGAACAUAUCCAUAUUUCAGGAAUCACCAAAAAGGCAGCAGAGAAAACUGAGUGAAGUUGACAUUGUGGAAUCCAUAGCUAAUAUCUGUCCAUAGAGAAUCCUGAGUAAUCACAGACGUCAUAUAUUCUAGUUGGAUUUCUACAUCGCUUUAAAAAAAAAAAAAAGAAAAAAUAUAUAAUUUAGUCACGGAAAAUGUAUACAUCAAAAACUUCUAAAUGUCAGAAAAUAAAUACAACUAUUGUAAGUAUCCUGUCUCUCUUU